AUGGUAUUACUGUCGAUCGUAAGCAUUCCAGCGGGAAUUGUAUUGCUCGCAACUGGUGGUGCGCUUUUUGGGAUUUCUACCUUCGCUAUUGUUUGCGUUGGCAUAUGGACAUUUACAGCACGAUUUGGUCGGAUGAAACAAGCUAUUGCUGCGGAAUCAAUGAAAUAUGCAUCAAGACAGCCUGUUCCUACCAGAUGGGAACUAGAUUCAGUCACAGUUCGAAGUUAUGCCAGUGACGACGGUCCAACGUCCAGUACAACUUUCUUUCUAAAGAUUCACAUUGGCGCACCAACUCAACCAGUACAUCGAGAAGAUCCAUUGAGAUCAAACUGGGAUAUAUACGAACCAGUAUCGUACAUUCCUUAA